AUGGACAGCCGGCGGUGGGUAUUUGUGAAGGAGGGGGUGGACGACUUCAGAACGGGCUGUCCAUCUCCUGAAGAUAUGAUCACUCGUGGCCCUCGGGAGGGCUUUCUCCCCAUGAUUGCUCAUAGGAUUCCCCGCCCUCCGCCCAAAAAGAUUCACAGGAAGCCGCCCAAGGGAGCGGACCUGGGUUCCAAGCUCUCGCCAGCCCAGCGAGCACGGAAGGCCUUUGUAGAGAACAUUGAAGUCAACCUGAAGAAGCAUCCCUUGGCGGACUUCCCCAAUCUGGAGGAUGAUCUCCCUCCAGACCUCCUCCUCAAGGUGCUGGAAGUGCUAGAUCCUGACAGGGAGCUGGAGGACACAUGGGCUUAUUGUGAGGGCACCAAGGAAAGAAAGAAGACCCACACACAGCUGUGUGAAAAACAUCCUGAGGAGGUCAACCUGGAAGCUCCCCAGGCAGUGAACCUGGAACCUCCCGAGGCAGUCAACCUGGAGCCUCCCGAGGCAGUCAAACUGGAACCUCCUGAGGCAGUCAACGUGGAAUCUCCCUUGAAGUUCAGCCCAGAAUCUCCCUGGAAGUUCAACCUGAAACCUCCAGAGGCGGAGAACCAGGAACCUCCCGAAGAAGUCAACCUGGAUCCUGAGAGAAAAGACCAUGUGAAAUCGGCCAAGGAGUGUCUCCAGUCUUAUUUAUUCAGUUUGUUUCCUGAGGAAGAGACAAAAGAACCAUGCACAACGGAUAUCCCCAAAGUUCCUGGUUACCAAAACCCAAGAAAAACAGUUCGUGAAUUCUUCAAAUGGAUUGAUGAUAAUUUUGGAGACAUAGGCAUUAAUGAAGAGUCCAUCAUGAAAAUGUUUGAAAUUAACUUUGAGGGCCCACUCACCCAUACUACAGUCAAAAUAAAGAAAAUAAGCCAGCUUCCUUUGGAUAUAAGGCCCUGCAAACAGCUAGAUGGUUUAAAGCAGAGAAAAUUUUCCCUGCAGGAAGAUAACUGGGAAAGGAAACUCCGAAAACCACCUGACCCUUAUAAACCCAAACGGGAGAAGAUAAGGUAUGGAGCAUGGUACCUGGAUCCCAAAAUCUGGACAAAGCUGGUCAAUGACGCGCCUUUGCCUGACCCUAAAGUCGUCCGUGACAAGGAUUAUUGGAGCUAUACAAGGCAUCUUGAACCAGACAUUAUUGAUGAACUCUAUGGACCAAUUGCCUUCAAAGAUUUCAUUGUAAGCAAGGGCUACAAUAUGCCAGGUGUGAUUGAGAAGAUGUUUUUAAGGAAGGGAUGGAAAUAUGAGUCUGUGAAGACUCCUAUACACAGAGUAAUGAAACUUCUCUCCAAACCCAAAGAGGAAGAUUCAGGGGAAGAAGAGGAUUAGACAAUUUUCUAUUUACUACUCACUUGGCUGGUCAUGAACUUUAUGGACCAAUUGCCUUCAAAGAUUUCAUUGUAAGCAAGGGCUACAAUAUGCCAGUUGUGAUUGAGAAGAUGUUUUUAAGGAAGGGAUGGAAAUAUGAGUGUGAAGACUCCUAUACACCGAGUAAUGAAACUCCUCUCCAAACCCAAAGAGGAAGAUUCAGGGGAAGAAGAGGAUUAGACAAUUUUCUAUUUACUACUCACUUGGCUAGUCAUGAACUUUAUGGACCAAUUGCCUUCAAAGAUUUCAUUGUAAGCAAGGGCUACAAUAUUCCAGUUGUGAUUGAGAAGAUGUUUUUAAGGAAGGGAUGGAAAUAUGAAUCUGUGAAGACUCCUAUACACCGAGUAAUGAAACUCCUCUCCAACCCCAAAAAGGAAGAUUCAGGGGAAGAAGAGGAUUAGACAAUUUUCUAUUUACUACUCACUUGGCUGGUGUCUCUCUCAUUUUAACAUCAGUCAGAAUUCACCAUGAGUGCCUCACUGUGUAUGGACAACUUUGAUUCCACAAUUAUCUGUAAAUUUAAC